AGAGAGGGACACGAUGGUAGAGAUAGGUAGGGAGAGGCUGGAUAGAAAGAGAGAGAGGGUGGUAGGGAGAAGAGCGAUGCAGCAUUAGCAUCAUCAGUAGCCCCAUACGCGCAGUCACACGAAGGCAACCAGAGAAGACGCAAGCAUUCAUUUGGCGAGCGUGCGUCAGGAAAACGGAUAUCUUUAAUGUGCAUUCCAGAUUCCACCCGAUGGUUUUCAGAAUAGAAUUGAAGACUGCAAUUCUUUCAUGAAGGACAGAGGGGAUGCAAUGCGCGAUAUUUAGAUUUGUGUAAUUGGAGCGAGAGGAUCUGGCAACGGCGUCUUUGACGCAAAUGCGAUGGAGCUGCAUUGGAACUGGUUGGUGGCGUGAGUGAUUUAUUGGAAGCGCGCUUGCUGGAUUUUUACUGCGAAUGAAUUUCCAUUUGGGGGAUUAUUCUUGGCUCGACUAAAAGGAUUUUUUACUUCGCUUCGGGUAGGAUUUAGUAAUAAUAAAAAAUAAGUAGCCUAAUGACCAGCGGAGACGAACCCGUCGUGAUCAGCAAAUGAAAAAAAUCCACAUGCUCGUUUUUUUCCCGCGUGUUCUGUCAAGCCAAGGCAUAAGCAUCGGAAGCUUCAACAAUUGAAAUAUUAAACCACAAAAAAAUCCGAGAGUGCUGCAGCCACUUUGCCUUACUGCCCUAGUUUCCGUGACAAUGUGGGAACAAAACUGAUUCCAAGACCGAGACCCCCACACCCCCUCCAGCAGUUCACUGGCUAGCUUAUUGGCGUCGUGUGGACUCUCUAAAAGCAUGUUCUGCUUUUGCCUACAAAGUUCCCUGUUGAAGCUCCAGGCGCUGGAGGUAGAAGGCGGCCCGUCGUUAGGGUCGUCUCCAGAGAAUAGCCCCCCUCCCCUAGGAAGCAAAGAGCAGGGACGCUCUUCGUGUGCCAUGGGCGUUCGCGGAGAGAAGGAAGGCAAUACUCUGGCUCUGUGUCAUAGCUGUCCUGCAGACGAAAACAGCCCUCCAGAGUCGCUGAGGGUCUACACCAGACCCCCGCAGUCCACCAAGCACCAGCCCUUGGCGCCUCUGCAUGCCCACCAGCAGCAGCAGCACCAGCACCAGCCGGACCUCAACCACCACCACCACCACCACCCGUCCCUCCAGCCUCUGCACCCCCUCACCCCCCCGCCCAGCCCCCACCCCUCGCCCUACUCCCCCCAGCGUGGCGGCGGCGGCGGUGGCGUCCCCGGGGCGAGCGGCGACUUCGGGGGGGCGCUGGCGCUCUACGGAGGGGAGGACGGGCGGGAAGGGGGAGGAGGGGAGGUGGACGGAGGGGCGGGGGCCCUCCUCCACCUGAUAGGUGGGGGCCACAGCCCACUGCCGUCGCCGCGCUGCUCUGGCCACAGCCUGAGGUUCAACUCGGACCCCGAGGCCGCGCCAUCGCCGCCCUGCGCCCAGCAGUACAUGCUGGCAAGAGGUCGCGAGCGGACCGAGGGACCAGCGGUGGUGUCUCCUUCCUCCGUACCUCUCCUCACUCGACACAUCGGCACCCUGAAGAAGAAAGUCCGCCGUUUCGAGGAACGCUUCGAACAGGAAAUGAACUACAAGCCGUCUUACAACGACAAGAACGCCAACCCUGAGAUGGUAAAGGUGAUGUUGGACCUGGCCAAGUCACGAAAACAGCUCAAGGAGAUGAAGCUGAGACACUCUGUGUUUGAUUCAAACGACCUGGGCCCGGAGGGAACAACUGGGGACUCCAAUCAGCUGUCCAGGGGCGGUUCUAGCCAGCAGGGGGAGCCAGAGCAACACGAACCCACAUUAGAGGAAACGGUUGAGUCACUAUUCGGGAGGCUACGAGAAAAGAGACAAACAUUAGGCUUGCCUGACAAUAUGAAGGAGAUGACUCAGGGCCAGAUGGUGCUGGAGAAGAUCACGCUGCAGAAAUGUCUGCUGUACUUCGAGAGUCUCCACGGACGGCCGGGUUCUAAGCAGGGGAGGAACCUGGUGAAGCCUCUCUAUGACAGGUACCAAAUGAUCAAGCGUCUCCUGUGUGCCAGCCCCACCACCAUCACAACCAUAGAGGAAGAAGAGGGCUCAGAUGAAGAUUACACCAACCACCAUCAACCGGCCCCGCCCCCUUGCAGAGUGACGUGGCAAGCAGCCAAUGAGGAGGACAGUGACCGGGACAGUGACCCGGCCUUAGUGUCUCCCAUAGUGGAGGUGAAGGACGUCCGCGAGAAGUCUCCUAUCACGGUCAUAAAUCUCCAUGAAGCGUCCAGGUCGGAGCUGGUGCUGAGCUUGCGUGAGACGCGGGUGGAGAAGAAGAGGAUCCGUAAAGGCCUGAGGGAGUUUGAGGACGAGUUCUACAGACAGACCGGAAGAACGUGCCAGAAGGAGGACCGCACGCCCAUGUCGGAGGAGUACCAGGAGUACAAACAGCUCAAGGCUAAGCUCCGCCUCCUGGAGAUCCUCAUCAGCAAACAGGAAGUGAACUAGCCAGCGACAGCAACGCUACUCCCUGGUCUUCUUUUGUAAUUAAAGUACCGUACAUAUACAAAUAGUUCAUUUUUGUGCCACCAAAGUGUGCACCCUGAAAAGUGUGAAUGGCAUAAAUGUACACUAAGUCGACUCAAUAAGUGUACACUAAAUAGACUCAAGUGUACUCACUUGCUGUGAAUACGCAGGAAGCGUAAACGUAAAGCGACUUUAUCCUCAUGUCCUGUCCUCCAAGUCUUCUCCCAAGUGUACUCACUGAGAUGCAUACCUGCAUACGUGUGAGGGGCUAAGUCAACAAUUUUAAUGAUAGAAGUGAUUUAAGGUGUAUAUUGAUUCUCUUUAGGUGGACUCAGCAACAAUGAUACCUAUCAACUGAUCAACUCAAAAAUGCCUUUGACCUUUCAACAGAUUCUAUUUCAGACACCAAAACCUUGGCCUAGACUUUUCUAUCUAUUGUGAUGACCUUGAGUGUCUAUGUGUGCACAUGCUCAACUUCAACGUUCGAUUUGUAUACUCGUUAUUUUCUAACAUGACAUUUGUUCCCGCUCCUAUAUACAUGUAGUUCAUGGGCAAGUAGGGAUCCAUCGCUAUGAUUAAUUUGAGCAAAUCAAACCUUUUUCUGUGGUGUAAACAACAUUGUGAUUUAUAACCCCCCUAAAAAAAUGAAUCCAGAGGGUGGGAAUAGGUGAGGGGUGCGUUCAACACUGACACUAGAAUGCACUUUAAUACCGAGGAGCAGGCAUGAGAAGAACAAAGGACCGCAGAGGGCUGCUCAACACAUAGAAGCACUUUGUCGAGUGGGAACUUAAUGUGUGAUAAGUGUCGACCAUUUAUUGUUGUUGCUGUUGAACGUGUUGGCGCUGGUUAUAGUGGGGUUCAAAGAGCAAACAAGUUUCAGUUGGACUAGUUUAUUCAGAAAAUUUGAUCAUAUUGCAUCAAUAUCACCUCUUUUUUUAUCAACCGUCAUCUAAACUACGCGGUAGAUUCGCCCCCUUGAUCGAUUGAUUGAAGGCGUUCAGUAGAAGUGUGCCUACAGAAUCGGAAUGAUCCUGAAUGAAAUGGAUCUGUAUUCACAUCACUUUGGAGAAAAGCUUCUGCUCAAUGACAAGAUAGAAAAGAGUUUAUCCUUGUUUCACUUUAGAAUGGCUCAGAUUAUGUUUAAGUGGAAAUUAGUCAAAGGAUAUCUUUCUAGAAUGAUGGGCAAAGGUGCAAUGACAUGUUGAUAACUUAUAUAUGAAUCUUCAAAUGAUUCACUUUAUUGUGGAAACUACUCUUUGUGAUAGUUCCAGACAAAAAAAGGAAAAAUAACCGUUCCUUAUGCCAUACGUGGCACAUUAAAGGAGAUGAUAUUAUAUUUUGCCAAAGCCUAAGAGUAUUAUGCAUUAUAAUCCAUAUUUUUCCUUUGGAUUCAUAUGCAAUAUGUGUAUUCAUACAUACUCCUCUAUACAUGUUAAUCUGUUUACAUUUGCACACAAUGUAUGCAAACCAUACAAAUAGCAGCUAAUAAAUGUCUACUGUUAAAUAUAAUUGAUAUAAUUUAAAACUGUUAAGUAAACAGAUCACAUGUGACAAUGAGGAAGUUUGUAAAAGUGUUUUGUUUUAACUUUUAUCUUCAGGACCUAAUUGACACAGGUGUCACGCACGAGGAAGAACCUGGUCUCAAACAGGCCCUUUGUGCAUUUAUUGAGGAGCCUUCCUUUAUCUCCAAUGUAUUGCAGGGUUGGUAAAAAUCUUGUGUUGCAUGUGAUUCUUCAGGAUGGUACAGUUCACUGAAAAGUCCAACUGUUUCAACACAUUGGACUGCUGUUUGUUUUAUUUUAUUUUUUUGUAUUGUAUUGUAUUCUUUUAUAUCCAUAAAUUAAUGUGAAUGAUUUAUGAUCACAAAUCCAUCCCAUUUUUCUUUCUGCACGUGUGUUUUUCAGUGAAAUCAGUGAAGCGUCAUCACUGUAUUAUUAUUAUUAUUAUUAUUAAGUAUAUAUAUAUAUAGAAUCACAAUUAUUGCAUACUUGUCUGUGAGCUUAAAGCUGGUCGCAGGGAAGCAUGUUUAAAAACCCAACGUUUAAAAAAAUAAAAGCAUUUUAAGUAGUGUAUAAGUGAAAUGUGUAAAUGUACCUUUGAUAACUCUUGACUUCUGGUGUGAGGUAUCAGUUAAGGACUAACCAUACACAUUAUACAAGACAGAGGUCUCAAUAACCCUUAAGAUCCCAUCCAAAAUAGACCACAACCUGACCUGAAGGGAGAUAGGGGAUCCCUGGCACUGGCUAGACGGCUCUAGCUUGACCCAUCAUGUAGGAGGUGGACACACUGUGCUAUAUAUGUCAACACAUAUUAGUUUGGUUGGUUUAGGUCACUGUGAGGGCCCUGUAUACAUGUGUAGAAUCUGCAUUCCCUGGACCACUCGGAGUGGGGCUUCUUAUUGGCUGGCUCAGAGACCAAAAUGGCAAAAAAACAAUUCAAAAUGUUCAUUACACCUCUAUUUAUGAAGAGUAUUGGGGUCAUUUGUAGAAAACAAGUCUUUACAUUAAUGACGGUCCAUACUUACGUUUUUCAGUGUAAAUGCAGUAUAUCUCAGAGGGUUUGAGGGAGAACUGAAAGUAUGAUUACACUGUGUGUAAUUGAACAUAUCUGGGAUUGUACAAACUACUAACAGACUUAAAAAUUCCAGCAAGAUUGUGUUGUAGUUUCGUAGUGGUUGGUUGUUUACUUUUUCUGUGCAUGUCUGUAUGUGUUGGUGUUGGUAUGUUAUGUUUAUUUAAAUAGAAAAUCCGCUCUCGUAAAUGACAAAUGGUUGAUAUGACAACAAAAAAUGACUUCCAGUUCAUUGUGCAACAACUUUUUUUAUGACUUGAAAUUAAAUAUUUUGCAAAAAAAAACUUUUAUUUUACCUGUUUAUUUUGUUAGAUAAGCACACCGUAUUUGAUAUGUUC